AAUUUAUUGAAAAUUUCGAUACACCCAUUAACCCUUUUUUUCCUCUUUCAAUCUGAAAUUUGAUGUCGCGUCCAAUCUGAAGAAACAAAACCCACCCUUCUCUCAUUCCGUCUCUCUCAAUUCAACGAUUUUCAAAUAACCCUUCAAACCCUCCCGCAGCAGUAGCACUUUCACCUUUUUAAAAUUUCUCUUAGCAUUUCUCUCUGUAUCUAUCGCCUUCUUGUAAAGGAGAAGCUCUUGCUGGCGUCGGAAUCAAAAAAUAGUUUGUGUGCAUGGAGAGGGAAACCCAAUUGAAGUUAAUGGAAGAAUGUGCAGUUGAAAAUGGAUCAGCUGCACAUUUAGUACAAAAAUCUGAAGAAAAAGAAGAACCGUUGAAGGGAACUAUAAAUGAUGUUUGUAAACUCAAGAACUUGUUUGAUCACGUUCUUACUGUGUUCUUAGAUGUCUGUUCCAAUGAUUUCCCACGGCCACUACCAGUUAUGCUUGGAGAUGGCCGGCAGUUGGAUCUGUUUGCACUUUUCUGGUCAGUCAGGAAACUGGGUGGCUAUUACAUAGUUUCAAAGAAUACUUUGUGGGAUUUCGUCGCAGAAGAAUGCGGCUUACAUGGUAGAACGAGGGCUUUUGUAAAACUGAUCCAUGUGAAAUACCUUAGAGAGUUCGAUAGGAGUUUAAAAGGAGACUUUACCAAGAAGGAAUUGGUGAAUGAGGAAUUAAACUCAUUGUUGAAAGAGCUAGAGUUUGAUCUUCAUUGUUUCAUGACCAAUGAAGGAAAAGACCCGAUAAAGAAGAAAAAAACUCAUACUGAAGAACUCGAAGAAAAUGGCGAUGCUGAAGAGGUAAAAGAAAUCGUUUUGAAUGAGAUUAGCCGUAAGAAAGGAGGAGGAUUAUCUGGAAUGCUUAAUUGGCUACUAAUGGUGGCAAAGAUGCCGAAUGAUUCUAGUAUUGGGAGAAUUCCUCCGCCUUCAAACUGGAAGGAUUGCAAGAAUGAAGAAUUAUGGUUUCAGGCUUUGUCUGCAAAAGAGGCAUUGGUGAUAAAAAGAGAUAUCCGCCCCAUCGUAGGUCAAUCUCUAUCACAGAAGAAGCAGAAAAUCCUUCCAUCAAUGUAUGAGGACAGUGUAGGUCACAGUCACAGACUAAAGGAGAAGCAUAGAUGCAAUGAUAGGCUUCCUUCUUUCAAAAAAUGUCGUUUUUAUCCAGAUUGUAUCUCGUGCACAUGCCCUGAAGACAAUGUCAGUCUCCAAAAUGGAGAACUGGAGAACACCUCAAAAUUGGUAAGUUGUGAUGAGAACCCGAAAGCAGUUGCUUCAAGGAAGAGAAAGCAGAAAGAGACCAAUAAUGAGAAAGAUCUAGACAGUGCCGAUGACUUGUUAAGCGAUGAUCUUCAUCUUAAGGAAGUAAUGGUGGGUCCACUCUUCCAGGCCGAAAUUCCUGAGUGUACUGGUAUUAGAACUGAUUCCGAUCCAAAAUGGCUGGGAAUAACAAUGUGUCUGCCUCAGAAUGGAGAUGAUUCUUUCACUUCAAUGGAUUCCACUGAUAAAAGAAAGGAGAAUCCAUGUAUCUGUCAAAGUCCUGGUUCGGUUCAAUGUACUAGGUUUCACAUUGCUGAGAAAAGGAUAAAUCUGAAGAUGCAAAUUGGCUCUUUGUUUUAUGAUUGGAGAUUUGACCGCACAGGUGAGGAUGUCGCGCUUUCAUGGACCAUUAAGCAAGAAAAUAGGUUCAAAGGUAUUAUAGGACGGAGGAACCUGUCCCUGAGAAAGCAGUUGUGGAAUAACACCUCCAAAUUCUUCCCCAACAAAACUAGAGAAGAUCUGGUGAGAUAUUAUUUUAAUGUGUUCACUCUUCGGUGCAGAAGAUACCAGAACCGGGUGACUCCUGAGGAUAUUGACAGCAGUGACGAUGAACAUGAUUUUGGUAGUAUAGAUGAUCGUUAUGGCCUGGACGAUCAUAAUUCGUCUAUCUGCCGGGAGAAUAAAGAGUUCAUUGAUUUUUAUGGAUUGAGGAUUGAUAAAUUUAAUGUGAAGCUUGACAAUAAAGAUACGAUGACCGAAUUACUCGUUGAAUUCCAUGGACCAAAAGAAAGUCUUUAUGAAGGAGGUGUAUGGAGAAUUAGCUUAGAGUUGCCAUUUGAUUAUCCUUACAGACCUCCUUCUGUUAUCUUUUUGAACCAGAUUUACCAUCCAAAUAUUGAUAUGUUAUCAGGUACAGUUUGUUUGGAUGUGAUUGAUAAAAAAUGGUCUCCUUUAUUCAAUCUGGUGAAUAUAUUCGAAGCGUUUAUUCCUGAUCUUCUUCAAAAUCCUAACCCAGAUGAUCCGUUUAAUAAGGAGGCAGCUGAACUGAUGAUUUCUGACAAACCUGCAUAUGAUCUAAUGGUGAAAUACCAUGUCAAGCAAUGUGCCGGGGCGCCGCCUGUGGAGAAAUCUAGUGAGAAGGAUGAGACUGAUACUGAUGAUGAUGAUGAUAAUAAUAUUCCACCCUCUGUUGAUCCAACGGUUGACGAUCUUCCACCUGUAUUAUUGUCGUCCAACAAAUCCAUCGAAAGACAAGUUAUAUGCAACAAAGUUAGUCUCCAGAAGGGCGAACUCGUGAACACCUCAAAAUUGAUAACUUGUACAAGGAAAGAAGUUACUUCAAGGAAGAGAAAAAGGAAAGAUAUCAAAGACGAGAAAGAUCCAAUUAGCAUCGAUGAAUUCUUUGGCGAUGAUCUUCAUCGUAUGGAUGUACCGAUUGGUCCAUUCUUCCAAGCAGAAGUUCCAGAAUGGACCGGCAUUAUCACUGAAUCAGAUUCAAAAUGGUUAGGCAUCACAAUGUGGCUGCCUGAAAAUGGAGAUGAUUCUCUCAUUGAUAAAGGAAUGGAUGAUUCAUGUAGGUGUGAACAUUCGGGUUCGGUUUCAUGUACUAGGUUUCACAUUGCUGACAAAAGGAUAAAAUUGAAACUGGAAAUCGGUUCUAUGUUCUAUCAUUGGAGAUUUGACCGUAUGGGUGAAGAAGUUUCACUUGCAUGGACAAGUAAGCAAGAGAAGAGAUUCAAAGGUCUUGUAGGGUCAAGGAACAUGUCCCAAAGAAAGGCAUUGUGGAAUAACAUUCCUAAAUUCUUCCCCAACAAAACUAGGGAAAACUUGGUAAGUUAUUACUUCAACGUGUUCAUUCUUCGGUGUAGAAGAUAUCAAAACCGAAUGACUCCUCAAGAUGUUGACACAAGUGAUGAUGAGGAAAACGAAUUUGGUCUUAUUGAUGAUCGUUAUGGCCUCGAUUCACUUGAGUUUACAUUGAAUGAUCUUUAA